AUGAGGAUCCUCAUCAUCAACGGAGCUAAGAAACAAGGCGUUGGCAAUGGAAAAUUAAACCAGAGUUUAGUUGAUUUUGCUGUUAAGACAUUAACAGCUAAGGGACAUGACGUUGAAGUCACAAAAGCAGAUUCUAACUACAACCCACAAGAAGAAGUUCAGAAGUUUGUUAAAGCUGAUGUAUUACUUUGGCAAUUCCCAAUCUGGUGGAUGGGUGCACCAUGGUUUGUCAAGAAGUAUCUUGAAGAUGUUUUAGCAACAUCAUUUGGAACACUUUGGAACGGUGAUGGCAGAAGCAAGACAGAUCCAAGCAAGAAGUACGGUGAUGGUGGUCUUUGCCAAAACAAGAAGUUCAUGCUCUCGUUUACAUGGGGUGCACCAACAGAAGCAAUCACAGAUCCAAAACAGUUUUUCAAAGGUGCAAGUCCAGAUUCUGUUCAUGGUCCAAUGAUCAAGUCUCUCGAAUUCGUUGGAAUGAAACAAAUACCUUCAUUCCACUUAGAUGAUGUUGUUCACAACUUAAACUACGAACAAGCCAUUAAGAGCUAUGAACAACAUCUUUCAAAAUACUUCUAA